UACAUUUUCAAAACAGAAUCAGUACUGUUAUCAUUCUGUUACACCAUGACGGAGAUUGCAACGUCGGUGCCGGAGCUCACCACCGUAGAUGAGCCGUUACUCUCUCCAACUCAAGCCACCGCUCUCGCACCGUCCGCCGGAGGAGAUAGACCUCCGUCGAGAGUCCCUAUGCUUCUAGGUCUUUUUGCCGGCCGCCGUGGAGCAUCAAUGGUAGUUCGCCAGAACGUAGCGCUACAGCUGGAGGAUUACCGAGAGGCUUGGGGCUAUUCGCUUCCAGUUGUGGUUAUAGAGACGCUGUGGAACCUUGCGUUUGUUGUGGUUUCGUUCGUUACAUUGUUCUGGAUUGCGCGGGAAGAGGAUAAUGCGGAACUUAGGGUUUGGAUCUGCGGUUACUCGAUGCUGUGUGUGGUUAAUGCGGUGCUUGUGGUGUUGGAGUAUAUGAGGAGGAAUGGAGUAAUCGCAACUGCGCCUAACUCAGUAACGCUGACUAUCACUGGUCCGAGAUAUGAGAACGAGUUAGAAGAUCUUCAUCCGAUCCGAAAAUGUGAACUGCUUACUACAGUGAUCUAUUCCAUGUGGUGGGCGCUUGGCUUCGGUUGGAUGCUCUUUACUUACGAUCAUCAUGGCACUCCACUUCUAUUCUGGUUGACUCUUGCAUUUUUGGCUACCGACGUGUUCUUUCUUGCCCUUCGUAUUAUUCUGUAUAUUUUCCUCUCAGCCGCCUUUUGUUUUUGCUUGCCCUGCAUUAUUGUCUUCAUGCACUACAUCAACAGCCAGGAACGUGCAUCAGAGGCUGAAAUCAGCAGCCUGCCCAAAUAUAGAUAUGAAGUGUCCAAUGGUGACGUUGGGCAGCCUGAUAAUAGAGCAUGCAGAAUGAUCCCUAUGGGGACAAAUGGCCAGGACUUCUCCACUGAGCGUGUUCUUCGAAUUGAAAAUGCGGACUGUUGUAUAUGUCUUUGCCAAUAUGAAGAUGGGGAACAACUUCUUCUACUUCCUUGUGACCAUCACUUCCAUUCUACAUGCAUUGUGAAAUGGCUAAUGUUAAAGGCCACUUGUCCCCUAUGCAAAGUACUUGUUGCACCAAAUGAAUAGGUUUAAAGAGUACAGGUAAAAUCCUAAAGAGAAAUAUAGUCUCGAACAAGGUUAAAGAGUACAUGUAAAAUCUUACAGAGAAAUAUAGUCUCGACUAACUGAACUACAACCAAAAUAAAUGGUAACAUCCUAUAGGCUAUAAGUCAACAAAUUUUACGUACGAUUAAUAUAGUUAGUUUUGUGAAUCAUGGUUCCAUAUUGGCUUGAA